AUGUCCUUCACCACUUAUCCUGCUGCUCUUCCCUUUUUCGAGGAACUCCACAAGGAAGCUUUGUUGAAAGAUUUGAUUGCUGAACUUGUUCCUGUUGAUGAUGGUAAAGAAAACAAGGCGAGCAAGCAGGAUACGGAUGUUAUGGAAGUAGAUGGUUUGGAUAUCAACAACAACAGCAAGUUUAUGGAGGCUUUCGACGAGGUAGCUAACCAGGCAUGGACUACGAAUGGUGCUUUGACCAAUGCUUCUACCCGCGAUGACAUUCUUGAUCUCUCGUAUGGAAUUGACUCCGUUCAGCCUGAAGGCCGACAUGCAAUGCUCAAGGCUGCUUGGGAGCAGGACCCAGAGAUGACGCUUCACAUCAUCUUUUACACUCGCUCCAUUCAUCGAGGCAAAUCCCUAAGCAAGGCUUUCUUUAACGCUUACUCUUGGUUGUUGCUGCAUCAUCCUCGUUCUGCUCUGGCCAAUUUACACGUCCUGAUUGACGGAACUGUUCGUACCGAUGCUGAACUUGAACAUGCUAGAAGACAGGCAAAGCAAAAGGCUCAAGCUGAAAGUGAUGGCUGGGAAACUGUGGAGGAAAAGCAUGAAUUGUUGUCCCGUCGUGAUUUCAAGACGCAUGGCUGCUGGAAGGAUCUCUUGGUGCUGGCUACCAUCUAUUGCCAAGGUCAGAUAGGUGGCAUCUCAUAUAAUGAAGAGUAUCGUGCUCUUGUCUGGCCACCUACGCCCCGCAACCAUGCUUUGCGUUCCAAGGCAAUCACAGAGCGCAACAAACGUUACAAUCAAAGACGUAAGAUGACUCCCAAAGAAGCUGCCAAGGAUCUCGAAAACUCCAAGAAGAUGCACAUGGAACACAACAAAAAGCAAGAGGCUGAUGCCAAGGAGAAGCGUUUGCAAGAGCGUCAGAAGCGUAAGCAAGUGGUAUCUGAUCUAUUGGAGAAGGACAAGAUUUACAGGGCACUGCAUUUCACUGUUGCUCGCCUGUUUGCUGAUCAGCUUGUCAAGGACAUGAAGCAGUUGGAGAAGAACAAGCAAGCCAGCUUGAAGGGUCGUCAUGCUUUGGGCUUCAAUCUUAGUAUGGCAGCUAAAUGGGCUCCCUCUCUGUGCAAGUCUUAUGACAAACACACGCUUCUAGCUACUACAAUUGCUGAAUUGUUGUUUCCCCCUCAAAAGUACCAAGAAAAGGAUGAAUCUCGCGUGCACUACUUGAACAAGGUACGAGAACUGUAUCGUAAGGAGUACCUGGUCCCUUUGAGAUCUGCUAUGGACAUUACUGAACACUACAUGAGCCCUGGUCAAUGGGAAAAGGUCGAUUUCCGCCACAUUCCAUCUGUCUGUCUGCAACAAAACAUUGGUAACUUUUUCAAGCAUGCUCCUGAUGCAGUCGUCAAUUACAUGAAUGAAGUCGCGCGAGGAGUCAAGAAGGUCAGUGGUGCUACUCUAGGUCCCAAUGAACUGGUAUAUCGUGUUUGCAAUGCCGACCUGCCCAAAAAUCUUAUGAAGGUACUCAAGGAGCAGCCUGGUCUCAACGAGAAGUUCAUAGCCGCUCAAGAACAGCUGGUGAAUGGUCAAUGGGACACGUUGAUCAAGUCUAUUCGCGAUACCUCCUUGUUGGCUGUUGAAAAGGAGGAAGGUGAUGGCAAGGCCAAGAAGAAGAAGGUAGACCUUGGUGAAUGCUUGGCUAUCUGUGAUGUCUCUGGCAGCAUGAUGUGCGGCGGUGACAAGCCUGAAAAUCAACCCAUGUUCGCAGCUAUUGGACUCUCCCUGGUGAUUACCAACCUUGCCAAGCCUCCCUACAAUGGCGCUGUUGUCACUUUUACUGACAAACCUAAAGCCUUCAAAGUGGACACUGAUAAGCCAUUCAGCGACCAGGUCAAGACUGUCAUGUCUAGCAAAGUUGGGUUCAACACUGAUAUCUGCAGAGUGUUUACUAAAGUGCUAUUGCCUAUGGCCAAGAAACACAAGCUGGCUCCCGAGGACAUGGUCAAGCGUUUGUUCAUCUUUACUGAUAUGGAGUUUGAUGCUGUUGACAAUGGUAUGGACAACUAUCUCACUACGCACGAGUUCAUCGAGAAGCAGUAUGAAGAGGCUGGUUACAAGGUGCCUGAACUUGUUUGGUGGAAUUUGUGCAAUCAAAACGUCUACAAAUCGUCCAAAGAAAUGACUGUACCUAUUACCAAGUCAGAUACUGGAGUCUCUUUGCUUUCUGGUUUCUCUGCUUCCAUGAUCAAGUCUUUCUUAGAUGGUGAUGUCGAUGAUGAAGCAGACGAUAAUGACAGUAAGCCAGCUGAUCAAGAAGAAAAGGAAAAAGAUGGCCAAGAUGAACAUAACACGGCAAUGGACUUUCUCAAAAAAUCUGUCUACCACGAAAGUUUCAACGAGAUUGUGGUCGUUGACUAA